GUUUCUGAUUACAGCUCCUCUCUCGCUGCGUUUGGACGCCCUGGAGACGGUGAUACUGCAGCUGUUUGAUUUUACGGACCCGGUGACGGUCUACGUGUUCUUGAAGACCUCCAUGGCUCCAGAUCAUGUGGUUCUGGCUCGGGAAGUCGUGACUCUCAACGCCGGUAACAACUACCAGGCCGCCGCCAAAGUCCGGCUGAACCUGGGUCAGCUGGAUAAGACUGUGAGUCAUGUGAUUCUCCACGUCCAAUCAACUGAGAUCAACAAGCACCUGUCGAUCCCCAUCAGCCGAAACAACGGCUUCCUGUUCAUCCAGACCGACAAACCGCUGUACACGCCGCUGCAGAGCGUCAAAGUGAGGGCGUUUUCUCUGAACCAGGAGUUGCGGCCGGCCAAUCGCAGCGUCUUCCUGACCUUCAGAGACCCGUUCCGCACAAUCGUGGACAUGGUGGAGAUAAUUGAUGUCAACAAUGGGAUCCCGUCCAUGCAAGACCCCUUCAAGAUCCCCAUUAAACCAAAGUUGGGGAUUUGGACCAUUGAAGCCUCCUACUCUGAUGAUUUCACCACAAAAGCAAAAACAGACUUUGAAGUUAAAGAAUAUGUUCUUCCCAGUUUCUCCAUCCUCGUGGAACCAGAAGCUAACUUCAUUAGCUACGGGAGCUUCGACCGUUUUACCUUCACAGUCUCUGCCAGGUAUCUUCACGGCGCUCCGGUGCCUGACGCUGAGGUGUUCCUGCGCUUUGGCUACGUCAGCGGGAAGAAUCCUCCGGUUCUCAUUCCCAGUUCUGUUACCAGAGAGAGAUUGUCCUCGACAGGUGAGGUGAGCACGACCGUCAACAUGCAGAAGGUCCUGUCCAAACACAACGGACCAAAAGACCUCAACAGUCUGGCAGGGAAGUACCUGUACAUCGCUGUGCUGCUGCAGGAGGAAGGAGGUGGAAUCAGUCAGGAGGCGGAGUUUGCUGCAGUGAAGUUCGUCAAGUCACCUUACAGCCUGAGUCUGGUGUCCACGCCCCCCUUCAUCAAACCUGGACUUCCUUAUAUGGUCCAGGUGCUGGUGAAGGACCACCUGGACAAACCGGUGAACCGGGUUGAGGUUCGUCUGGUGGAGCGACAGCUGGUCGACGCAGCGAUGGGCAACUUACAAAUCAUCUGUCCAGACACCGUCGUCAGCCAAUCAGACGGCCUCGCUGUUUUCAUCUGCAACAUACCGGGUAAAGGAAAUAGUGCAGGGCUGCAGUUUGAGACGGCGGACCCCGCCCUCCCAGCAGCCUCUCAGGCCAGUCUAACUCUGAAGGCGAAAGCCUAUUACUCCCCAAACGAGCGCUACCUGUACAUCGACCCCCCACUGCCCGGUCGCCGCCUCCAGGUCGGGCAGUUCUCCAACAUUGCGGUGUACUCGGCCAUGCCAUCCUACGUGCCCAUCAGAGGCAUCAGCUACCUGGUGCUCUCGAAGGGGAAGGUGGUGCAUUACGGCAGUAAGAAGUUCACCUCCUCCGAUAACAAACAGGCUCUGAGCUUCGAGGUGACGUCCGACAUGGUCCCGUCCAUCAGACUGCUGGUCUACUACAUCCUGUACGGAGAGGGGACGUCCGAGCUGGUGGCGGACUCCGUCUGGCUGGACGUCAACGACAAGUGUGUCAGUGGACUCAAGACUGAUGUGUCGUUUCGGGACCGCGUCUACAAACCGAAGGAAAACCUCCGACUGGACAUCCGGACCAAUCAGGACGGUCUGGUGGCUCUGUCUGCUGUAGACUCCGGCCUCUUCACACUGCGCCCCACCUACAGGGACCCUGUUACCAUGGUUCUCCAGCACAUCGAGCAAAGUGACCAGGGCUGCGGCGGAGGCGGCGGCAGAGACAGCGCCGACGUCUUCAGAUUGGCCGGCCUCACCUUCAUGACCAACGCCAACGCCAACCCAUUAACCAGCAGUGAGGCGUGUACAGCAGUGGUGCGUCCAAAGCGAGCUCUGACUGAAGAGGAGAAGAUAAAGAAAGCCCGAAGGAGUGAUGAAGGAGCAGUUUACUGGAGGGAGACUUGACCCACAGGGAGUCUACGGUUCAGAGAAGACGACAGUGGUGCUCAACAACUACCUGCCGGCCAACAUCGUUCCCAAAACAUCUGUGGGCAGACUGCUGACUAUCAAUGGUGAGCUUCUUGGUGACGUCGUGAAGGUGGUGCUCAAACCCGAAGAACUUAAAAAGCUCAUUAACCUGCCGUCCGGGUCGGGAGAGUCUGAGAUCUACAGAGUCCUCCUGCUGGCCGAGGUGUACCAGUUCCUGGAGGUGACGCGGCGCUGGGACCUCCUGGGAGACAACAUUCAGCGGGGCUCAGCAGCUUUGGCUCAGAAGAUCAGAGAAGGUCUGGUCAGUAUCAGCUCAUACAGACUGCAAGACGGAAGCUAUGCCAACUGGGUCCGGAGGGAAUCCAGCACCUGGCUGACAGCUCUGGCGGUGAAGACUCUGGCUGUGGUGGAUGGGGUGAUCUCUGGGGACGACCGAAAUCUGGACAGCCAGUACCGAGAGUCUCUGUCGCAGUCGGUGGACUGGUUGAUCCGCAGAGCUCAGCAGACGGACGGAUCCUUCACAGACAAAUCCUUCUUCAGACCCAACAAACUGAUGGUUGAGGGGACGGAUGCGACCGUGCGCUCAGUGUAUCUGACGUCCAUUGUUCUGAUCGCGUUACACAAAGCUACGAGCAUCAGCGACCAAAGGCUGCAACUGCAAUACCAAGAGAACAGCAUGACAUCUGCAGCAGACUACAUUUCCCAGCAUGCCCCUUAUGUGAAGAGUUUGUAUGUGCGUGCGGCGGCGACCUACGCUCUGAACCUUCAUGACGUCCACAGCGCGGCAGCAUCCAAUAUGUACACCACUAUGGAGAGAGAGAGUCAAGAGAACGGCCCCCCCACCACCCUCCGGUUCUGGCCGGAGUCGAGUGUGAAAGGCGGUUGGAUAAAACCAGAUGAGUCCAGCGGUCUGACGGUGGAGACGACAGCGUUGGUCCUGCUGACUGCGCUGCGAAAGGGGAGGACCCAAUACGCCAACCCCAUCCUUUCCUGGCUGACCCAGGAUCAGCACUACGGACAGGGUUUCUACUCCAUAGAGGACACAGUGCUGACCAUAAAGGCGGUCACAGAGUACAGCGGUGUCGUCACUCGAGCCACCCUCAAUCAGCACAUCAGUGUCCGCAACCAGAAGACGGGAGAAGAGAAGAGAGUCCAGCUCAGCCAGGCUGGCAGAACUGUCGUCUCGCCCAUGGAGGUGACGAACGGCGUCAUCACCGUGAAGGGUUACGGGUCAGGCGUGUCCGUAGUGAAAAUGAAGACGGUUUACUACGAGACCACCACAUCCACAGGGACAUGUAACUUUGAUAUCAGCAUAGAGGUGGCGGGCCCCGACACCAAUCCCAGUCUGCGGUCUCCUCACUUGGUCGCCUGUGCAAAGUAUAAACCUCCUCCUAACGAGCUGCUGACAGAGUCCACUCAGACACUGAUGAAGAUCCAGCUGCCGACAGGUGUGGAUGCUUACCUGGAGGAUCUCAAACAGUUCAGAGACAUAGACGAGCCGAUCAUCUCCCACUACGAGCUCCAAGGAAACACUGUGGUCAUUUAUAUGGACACUGUGCCCUCAGACGUCUUCCUGUGCGUUGGUUUUCGGAUCAGGACCGGGUUCAGGGUGACCGGGGCCACCGAGUCCCUGUUUAGCGUCUAUGAGCCUCAGGACAAAGGCAGCAUGUGCACCAAACUGUUCUCCUACCAGGAGCAGGCUCUGCAGCGCCUCUGUGUGGGCGACCAGUGUCAGUGCAUGACAGCUGCAUGCGCCACCUACAGAGGAACCAUUGAUUUGACUGUGACAGCAGACAAACACCUCGAUGAGAUCUGCCGGGCGCACAUCCGAUACGCCUACAAGGUCACAGUAACGUCUGCAGCAGCAGAAGGAGACUUUAUGACCUACAAAGCCACCGUAGUUGAGGUCCUGAAGAACAAAGGCAAAGAGUUCGAGGCGGUGAGUUCAGGUACACAGGUAGAGCUCAUAAGAAAGAUCACCUGCAGUGCAGUUGACAUCCAGAACAACAAACAGUACCUGGUGGUGGGAGCCAGCGGGUCAGAGGUCACGCUCAGCAGUGGCUUAACGUAUCGCCUUCCUCUGGACAAGGAGGCGCUGGUGGAUCUGUGGCCCACAGACUGUACCUCUCCGGAUUGUUCCGAGUACAUCAGGCAGCUGGACGAUGUCGCUCUGGACCUGCAGUUAACCAGCUGUCCUGACUCCAAAUAACGUUUUAAUUUCAGAGGAGGACAGAUACAGACGCUGCUUCCUCUGCUCAGGAAAUGUUGUUGGCUCUCAGUUCAAAUGUAAACAGACUUUAUUUCUUCUUUUGCUAAUUGUUUCAUAACCUGCCAAUAAAAGUCAGAUAAA